GCCUGCGCACUAAGCUUGUUUCGAUUUCGAGUGCUAGCGCUAGCCAGUUUGUUAGCUGUAUGUGAGGCGCUGGUCUACAGCGUUUGUUCCUUUAGUCGUUGAAGAAAUCUCGAUUUUAAGCUUUGUGUUGUAGCGUAGUGCUGUUUAGCGGCUGUUAUCUGGGCCGGUUUUGGUGUUUCAGGGAGAAGUGCUGGUGUGAGGCUGACUUUUCUGAGCUAGCUCCGCUGCUAGCUGCGGUUACCUAAUUGACUGCUGCAUUACCCCAAGUUGUUUACGUGUAGCUGGCUAACGCUAACGCGGCUAGCUGGCUCGCUGUUUACCAAGUAACGUUAAUAGCAGUAACGUUGCGUUUUAACGGGGCUUCGCAAGGAUGACAUGGAUGUCGCCGUUAUUCUCUACGAACUGACAUAUUCCAUUAUCUUCACAUCUGGCACAUUAUCUUCACAUCACAAAUUACAGGCUACUUUCAAGCUAGCCACACAGAUUGGUGAAUCAGACCAGACCGGGCAGCGAUGGACAAACCACCUUUCAAACAGACUCAAGUAUGUGGACCCUGGGCUAUGAAGGAGAGGCUAGGAACCGGAGGAUUUGGUCAUGUGUAUCUUUACCAACAUCAGGAAACCGCUGAGAAAAUUGCAGUGAAACUCUGCCGGCUUGAGCUCAACGCAAAAAACAAAGACAGAUGGAGUCGAGAGAUUCAGAUCAUGAAAAAAUUGAACCACAUCAAUGUGGUGACAGCACGGGAUGUACCUGAAGAGAUGAAACACAUUGCCUUGAAUGACUUACCUCUAUUAGCCAUGGAGUACUGUUCCAGAGGAGAUCUUCGUAAGUUGUUGAGCAAACCUGAAAAUUGCUGUGGGUUAAAAGAAAGUGAGGUGCUGUCCCUUCUUAAUGAUGUCGGUUCAGGAAUUCAGUAUCUCCAUGCAAACAAAAUCAUUCACAGAGACUUAAAACCAGAGAACAUUGUGCUUCAAGAGAUUAAUGGAAAGUUAGUACACAAGAUUAUAGAUCUGGGCUAUGCAAAAGAUUUGGAUCAAGGUAGCCUUUGCACAUCUUUUGUGGGAACUCUUCAGUAUUUGGCACCAGAGCUGUUUGAAAGCAAGCCGUAUACAGUCACAGUUGACUACUGGAGCUUUGGCACAAUGAUCUUUGAGUGCAGCUGUGGUUUUCGUCCUUUUCUACACAAUCUACAACCUGUGCAGUGGACAAGCAAAGUGCGUAACAAAGGCCCAAAAGACAUCAUGGCUGUAGAGGAUAUGAAUGGAGAAGUCCGAUUCAGCACUCAUCUCCCUUAUCCCAAUAAUCUCAGCAGGACUCUUUUGGAGCCUUUGGAGAGUUUGCUGCAGUUGAUGCUGAAGUGGGACCCAGUGCAAAGGGGAGGUGCAAUGAACCCUGACACUAAACAGCCACAAUGCUUUGCACUUCUUGAGCAAAUAUUGAACAUGAAGGUUGUACACAUCUUGAACAUGACCACAACAGAGGUUCACUCUUUCCUGCUAAACCCUGAGGAGGGCCUCCACUCCCUUCAGCAGAGAAUUGAGACGACGACAAAAAUCGAACACCUGAAUCAGGAGCUCCUGCAGGAGACGGGAGUAAUGCUAGAUCCAAGGAAGCCUGCAGCACAGUGUGUCCUGGAUGGAGUUAGAGGAUGGGACAGCUAUAUCGUGUAUCUCUUUGACAAGAGCCUAACCAAGUACUCUGGACCCUUCACUCCAAGGGCACUCCCGGAGAGCGUAAACUUUAUUGUACGUGAGACCAAGACUCAGCUUCCCUUGAGUGCCCUUAAAAAGGUUUGGGGCGAGGCAGUGAGUUACAUCUGUGGCCUUAAAGAGGACUACAGCCGCCUUUUCCAAGGACAAAGAGCUGCCAUGUUGAGCCUUCUUCGGUAUAACACAAACCUCACUAGAUACAAGAAUCUGAUGUUUUCAUGCUCGCAGCAAUUGAAAGCCAAGCUCGAUUUCUUUAAGAGUAGUAUCCAGUAUGACCUGGAGAAGUACAGUGAUCAGAUGCAGUAUGGAAUAUCCUCUGAAAAGAUGCUGAAGGCUUGGCAAGACAAUGAAGAAAAGGCUGCUGCUUUUGUUCAGGUUGCAGAGGUUGGCCACUUGGAUGAAGAGAUUAUGGCCCUGCAUUCUGAGAUUGUUGAACUUCAGAGAAGUCCAUAUGCCCGACGCCAGGGAGACGUAAUGGAGCAGCUUGAGGAAAAAGCUGUUGAACUCUACAAACAGUUGAAGGCAAAAUGCAAAAUGAACGAUCCUCAGCAUGGCUACAGUGACAGCUCUGAUAUGGUUAAAGUCAUUGUCCAGACAGUCCAGAAUCAAGAUCGAGUACUGAAGGAUCUUUAUGCACACCUCAGCAAAAUUCUGCUGAGCAAACAGAAGAUCAUUGACUUAUUCCCGAAGAUAGAGAAGACCCUAGAGAACAUUAAGGAAGCCGACAGCACGGUCAUGCAGAUGCAAAUGAAAAGACAGAGGGAGUUCUGGCACUUACUUAAGAUUGCCUGUGCUCAGAACACCACACGCAGCCACAGCACAGAGAUGUCGUCCUCUUUGUCAGCCUGGUCCCAUCCGCCGUCAUCCUGCUCACCACGACUUCCUAUGUCUCUUCACGCAACGCCUGACGGUGAAACUGUCAGCCAUCUCCUGGAGGAGAACCAGAGGUACCUAAGUCAGCUCACAAGUUUGCUGCAGGAGACCUCUGAUGAGAAGUCUGAGAGUAUAAUGGAUCAAGACUGGAGCUGGAUUAGAUAUGAAUCCCUGAUUGCAAAAUCACAACGUUUAUAGAUUUAUUGAUAUGCUAAUGACUGGUGACCAGUUAUUCUCUGAUCAACGAUUAAUAAGCUUCACAAGAUUGGGUUUCUUUUGGCAUUUACCUUUUUUUCAAUCGAGUAACUUGUUGAAUUCAUGGUUUGAAGUGUUGUAACAACAAUCCCAUUUAUGUCAUGUAUUUUUAAAUGGCACAGCAGAACCAACUGUUAGCAUACUUCAUACAUACAGAACAAAUACUCAAGUAUUUAUUUAUUAUAAACCAAAUUAAUAUGUUCUCUAUGAGCUGAUAUAUUUUAUUUUAUUUUUAAAGGUUUUAUGCAUCUUGUUUGGAUUAGAAUUCUACUGAUCAGCAACAGCACUUUAGAGGCUCACUGUGAAUGUUUGGGUGGGUCAACGGUUUUAUUGCAUAGAAAAAAACUUGGCUUGACCUGAAGAUUAUCAUAAAUCUUAGACAGAGCUAUUCUUGGAAUAGAUAUUUGAGAGUCAGAAAAAUAAUUAUGAAUGCAGGAGUCAGAGCAGCUGACCUUAAAAGGAAAGCAAUUAUUAGUCAGAUCUCUGGUUAAGAAUGGUCUGCCAUGGUCCAUGAUUGUAAAGUGUGAACCCAAAGGUGCUAACGUUGAUAGUUUUUCUUUUUCAUCCUUUUCCUUAAAUCAAUGGAGAAGUGUCAUAGGUGCAAUGUCAGGCCCGAGAGAAGGCUGCAUGAACUUGCAGAUAUGAGAAUGUCACUAAAGUGGUAUUUAAUAUCAGUUUUUUUCCCUAUUAUAAUUAUAAUUUUCUUUUUGUCCAAAGAUCAGCUCUACACAAAAUGUUGCCACUCAGUACAAAUUAUAUUGUUUCACACUUCAUUAAUUAUAUUCCUUUCACUGGCUGACUCAUUCAUAUGAUAUUUUGCAAUUAAUUAAUUGUUUACUGUACAUUACAAAUAAACAUAAUUGUUCUCCA